AUGAGCCAGGUCGGUACGUGGGCGCAGCGGCGCGCAGAGCUGCGUAUGCAGCUCGACGUUGCCGCCGUACAGAGCGCAGUGGCCGCGCUCGAAAACUAUGCCGUGCGGAGCGACGCCGUAGCGCGCCUCUUGCGCCGCUUCUUGCCGCACAACGACGCCGCACGCAGACUCGGCGCACAGCUCGACUGUGCGCUUGCCGUGCUGUGGACGUCCAAGAAUGUGCCGCACAAUAGCAUGGUCGCGAAGCUAUACCGCGACGCAGCACCCGCGCUGCGCAAGCUGAGCGCGGCAAACUUGACGGAGCGCGACUUUUCCUCGCUCUACACGCUGCAGCACGGCGCCACAGGCACGGUCGAAGUCGUGCGCUGCAAGUUUGACCGGCGCCUCUACGUACUCAAAUCCAUUCUCAAAGGCGUGGCUCGCCGCGAGCCGUACCGAUGCUCGCCCGUGUUUGAGAGCCAGCUCCUGGCGCAGGGCUCGACCAACGGCGCGAAUGCAUGCACGCCGAUGCUGCACGCCGCGUUCCAAGGCAUUGGCUCUGUGCAUCUCGUGAUUGAGUACAUGCCUGCAGGAGACCUUGAUUCGCUCCUGCGUGCGGCUGCCGAGGCGGGCGAUAAAUACCCUGGAAAGAGCCGGCACGGCGGUCUGUUGGAAGAGGCGUGGGCCGUGCGCUACGCCGUGGACAUGGUUGCUGCCGUAGGCUGGCUCCACGAGCUCGCGUUUGUUCACCGCGACAUAAAGCCGAGCAACUUUCUCCUGCACGCGUCCGGCCGCUUGAAACUGUGCGACUUUUCUACCUGCGCGCCGUUUGCCGAAUUUCCCCACGGGCGCCGUGUGCUUGCGUACUAUGCACAGCGGCCCGCUGGGACGUGCGAUUACAUUGCCCCGGACAUCCUCCUGUGCGAAGAGCGGCGCAUCUCAGCGGCUCAAUCGCCCGGCGCGAUGGACGUGGACUUUGCGCCCGACGCACAGCGCCCCGGCGCCUACGGACCUGCGCUCGACUGGUGGAGUGUCGGCGUGGUGCUCUACGAGAUGAUCUACGGCAAGCCGCCGUUUUGGGCGCCGCAGCCAGCGGACGUGUACGAAAAAAUAGCGCACCACGACCAGCAUUUCCGCCUGCACCCUGCCAUUCCAUGUUCCGCACCGCUCCAAUCGCUGCUCCGCGGCUUGAUAUGCGCAGAAAACGUACGCUUAGGACGGCACGGCACGUACCAAGUGCAGCAGCAUCCUGCAUUCGCGCACGUCCCAUGGACCAUGCUAGACACGCUCGACGUGCCGUUUCAUCCCACCGCACCGCACGGCCAGCCGUCUGUGCUGCACAGUCCACUGGCGCACGACAUGGUCUCGUUUGACACAAGCGCGAUAGACACGCCCCCCAGUUUCUCUGCUAUAUACCAAGGGGCGCUUGACGUCUUUCCCGCCUUUCCCGACUCGCUCGCCGUCACGCCGCCCGACCAGCACGCGCAGCACGCGCAGCAAGAGGCGCCCUCGCCAGUGUCUUCUGCCGAGAGCUGGCCGUCGGGUAGCCUUGCAGCGCCCGAGGCGCCGCAUGACUUUCACGAGGUCGAUGUACAUUUCCACGGCUUUGGCUACCUCCCUGCUGCGACGGCUUUUGCGCCCGAAGAAGGCUUGCGUACGUUGCCCGCGCCGAGUGCAUCGCCCGUUCCCCAGCCUCUCGCAUCGACGCCGCUGGGCAAGGCUGCUGCCUCGCCUGCCCUCGACGCUAUUCCGCUUGCCUCCCCGCUGCACAACACGCCCGAAAGCAUGCAUCCACUCCAGCGCCGUGCGCUCCAGGCCGCUAUGCGCGUGCGCAGCGGCGCGGAAUGGAUCACACCGUUCCGCGAUGCGUCGCCGAUUGGCGCGCCUGCAUCGCCGUACCCCUUCCCCAUCGCUUCCGUGCCGCGGCGCGCUGGGACCGGUGCUUGGACACCGGUGCAUACGCCUCUGCUUGCGCCACCCUACGACACGAUGGGCUCCGACUCGCGCCAUUCCGGCGGCAGCACCUGGAAGCGCAACCUCACAGAGCGCCAGGCAUGGUCCGAGAUGAUGGACGCGGUGCAGAAGAGUGCGCGGAAAAUAGGCCCGCCCACGACGCUUUGUCGCCUCGCCGAAGAAGACAUGCCGCCCGCGCCCGGCGCGCCUUCGCCCGCCAAGCCUGCUCUGCGCAGCUCCAUGUCGUGCUAUGAUCUGCGCCGGCGCAUGCUCCCGCUCGAGACCUCGUACACCGCCAAUGCAAUCCCGAAUGAAGAGCGCGCCAUGCUCCGUACACGGCGAAGCACGCGGCAGCUUUUGCUCGACGCGCAAGUCACCUCGACGCCCACACGAUCGACACGCGCUGGAAGCACGAUGCCCUCGCCCACCAACUCGCAGCUCGACGCGCCGGCAAGCCCGCCGCGCCGCCGCCGCUUGCGGGGAAGUGCGUCGGUGCGCGACUUUCGCGACCUGCGCGCCAAGAUGGAGGAGCCGAGCUUGCCAGUGCUCGCAGACGCCUCGCCCCAAAACUCGCCCGAGCGCGUGGCGCCGAUGGACAGCCACCGCACCCUCUCCGAGUACCGCCGCGGCGUGCCGCAGCGAGAAAAGACGACGGAAUCUGUAGAAGAUGCUUUUGGACGGCGCACGCGCGUGCAGCAGCGUGGUUUGCGCGGCUUGGACAGGAUUGCGCGGCGGAUGCAGUCGACGUUGGGGCUCUCGGGGCUCUACCAACAAGGCAAACCACCAAACGACACGCACGACAGCCCUCUCACGCGCAUGGCACGCGGCCACCAGCACAUCCAGCGCUCCGUGACAAACUUGGAGGAAGAGCUGCAAGAGCUUAAAUCUCGUAUAGACCAUGUCCAGUUAUGA